GAAAAAACUAUCAUGGCGUACAGAGACGAGAUUGACGAUGGGUUUGAUGCAGUUGUUUUUCUGGAGGAAAGAUGCUAUGAAGAAGGUCAUAAGAGAGGCUAUCAGGAUGGUCUUUUGAAGGGUAUGGAAGAAGGACGAGAACUUGGUAUGGUGAAAGGAAGCGAAGUUGGAGGCGAGGUUGGAUUCUAUCUUGGAUUUGUCUCUCUCUGGCUUGAAAUUUUGAAUGAAACUCCUGACCCAAAACAAAGGCAUAUUAAGUUGUUAGAGACAUUGAGGGAGAUGAUCUCUUCUCUCCCAAUAAAUGAUGUCACCAGUGAGGAAUUAUUUGUUAACCUUGAAAAGAUUCGGGCCAAGUAUAAACAGCUUUGUUCACUGUUAGGUAUUAGCACUGAUUAUAGUGGUGGUACGUCUGGAGCCUCCUUCUGAGAUAAAGCUAUUCAUUAGUAAAGGCUACUGUGUUGGAACCAGAAUUCAUUUUCCUGAAAGGUAGAUUUGUACAAAGUUCUUACAGUUCAUUUCCCCAUCUUAUGAGUUCUGCUGUAUGAAAAGUUUUUAAAAAAACAGAGCAGUGAAUAUUGCUUCCUGUGCAAAGCGACUGGUUAGUUUGGUGGUUAUUAGUAAGUUAUUUUCACUUUUGAGCAGAAAAGGAUGCCUCAUUUAUGCAAUUUUGGUUAAAAAGCUGUGAGCUUUAGGCCAAAAUAUAUGCUUUAAUUUGUUGCUUUGGUUCAUACUGAGACAAAUUUAGCGCUGUAACUAUCUUACACUUUGGUUCAUUAUUGCUCAUGUCAUUAUACUUAUAUGAUGUGCCGGUAGGAGGACAGAUUUCAACUUUUUUUUUUUAAGAGUAGA